UGCCCGCUCUUCCACCCCUGCCAACACCCUAAGCCAGCAGCACCUCCAUUCACAGCCCCCAGGUUGAGUCCUACUCCCUACACCAGCUCCCCAGCCCCCCACCUGCCCACCCAGUUGGCUCAUCUUCUUCCCUGGAAUCUGAUAUUAAAAUGUCUGAUGAUGGCGAUGACACCUUAGCCACUGGAGACAAAGCAGAAAUCACCAACAUGCCCAGUAGUGAUACCUUACCCAGAGAUGCGGAAGCGUACUGUGAUUCAGCUACGAUUUCAAAUGAGCUAACGCCAGCUGACCCCAGAGGAGACGUGCAUGAAAAUGCGGCUGUUCAGGGUGCAGAGACUGCCGACACUGGACUCACUGAGCAGCCCAAAGACCCCGGUCCCGUGGAGCACCCCCCCAAUGGAGAAGUGACUGAGGAUGCCCUUGCUGAAUGCGUUGACUCCGUCAGCCUCGAGGCAGAACCUGGAUCCGAAAUACCCCUGAAAGAACAGAGUGAUCCGGCCGUGGAUUCCUCUCCACAUGGAGGGGGAUGGGCAGGCUGGGGCUCCUGGGGCAAAUCUCUGCUCUCAUCAGCAUCUGCCACAGUAGGUCAUGGGUUGACAGCGGUCAAGGAAAAAGCAGGGGUCACCCUCCGGAUUCAUAGUGUGAAUUCUGGCUCUUCCGAAGGGGCCCAACCUGAUACUGCAAAUGAAGUCCCUCGAAUAGCAGUUGCAGCCACAGAUCAGAGGCCUUCAGAAAGCCCACCCACUUCUCCUUCAUCGGGGUCUCGGGGCAUGCUGUCAGCCAUCACCAAUGCGGUUCAGAGCACAGGUAAAAGCGUCUUAACAGGUGGUCUUGAUGCUCUGGAAUUCAUUGGCAAGAAAACUAUGAAUGUCCUUGCAGAAAGUGACCCAGGUUUUAAGCGGACCAAGACACUCAUGGAGAGAACCGUUUCCUUAUCUCAGAUGUUGCGGGAAGCCAAGGAGAAGGAGAAGCAGAGGCUGGCGCAGCAGCUCACGGCCGAGAGGACCGCACACUACGGGAUGCUGUUUGAUGAGUAUCAGGGUUUGUCACACCUGGAAGCCCUGGAAAUUCUGUCCAAUGAAAGCGAAAGCAAGGUUCAGUCAUUUUUAGCAUCACUUGAUGGAGAGAAGCUGGAAGUCUUAAAAAAUGACCUAAUUUCCAUUAAAGACAUCUUUGCAGCCAAGGAAUUAGAGAAUGAAGAGAAUCAAGAAGUGCAAGGGAUAGAAGAAAAGGGAGAAGAAUUUGCUAGCAUGCUUACAGAGCUUCUCUUUGAAUUGCAUGUUGCAGCCACGCCUGACAAACUCAAUAAGGCCAUGAAAAAAGCUCAUGACUGGGUGGAAGAGGAUCAAACCGUGGUGCCAGUAGACGUGGCCGAAGAGUCAGAGGACAAAACAAAGAAGGAAGAAAAGGAAGAGAAACCUGAAAACCCAGAAGAAGACAAGAAGGAAGAAAGGAAAACUAAGACAGUCGAGGAAGUAUACAUGCAGUCCAUCGAAAGCCUGGCAGAAGUAACAGCUCGCUGUAUUGAGCAGCUUCAUAAAGUAGCAGAAUUAAUUCUUCAUGGACAAGAAGAGGAAAAACCAGCUCAGGACCAAGCAAAAGUUCUGAUAAAAUUAACUACUGCAAUGUGCAAGGAAGUGGCCUCCUUAUCAGAGAAGUUUACAAAUUCUUUAACCACUGUUGGGAGCAACAAGAAGGCUGAGGUCCUUAACCCCAUGAUCAAUAGUGUAUUGUUAGAGGGCUGCAAUAGCACCACAUACAUACAGGAUGCCUUCCAGCUGCUGCUGCCUGUCUUGCAGGUUUCACACAUCCAGACCAGUCGUUCCAAAGCACAGCCAUGACCUGGCCAGACUCCAUCUAGUUAAAGGAAACAGCAGGCCCUGUUGCUCUGAUAUAUACCAUUUCAUGGAAUGUUUUCGACGCAUCUGACCACAGAUGCCUGUUUGGAGACACUACAAGCAAUUUUGCACAGACAGAUUGAGAAUGCAAGUUCAAAGACAGUAUCAUUUCUCUUAAUGUAUGCGGUUGUUUUUUACAAGUAAUUAUGUUUCCUUUAUGUUAAUUUAAAUUUACACGACUUUGUAUUGAUAAUUUCCUUUAUCUGGAGUUCACUCAAAAUAUUCAUUUCUAUUUUCCUGGUCAAGCAUGUUAUAUUUGGAAAUUCAUGAGCAGACCCUAGACUUUAAAUUUCCACUUUUAAAUUUCCCAUUCUUAUAGUAUGACUUAAAAUCAAUUCUUAUCCUAAACUUAGUUUUGUUAUAUUAAUGCCACUGUCAGAGAUAACACUACUCAUAGAUAUUACCUAUUAUGGUGAAAGAGGAACAUAAGUAUCUGUUUAUAGUCAUGUAUUCUCAAAACAAGCAUUUAUUGAGCUCCUACUGUGUGCUCACAAUAGAGGAACAUGAUCUCACCCCAGUAGAGACAGAUAUGCUGAGAGAGGAUUUAUAAUAAUUCUUAAAAUGCUUUAAAAUACUAAUAACUUUUCUAAACCUUAAAAAUUGAAGAACAAGGUAAAUUAGUGGUUUUUUAAAUGUUCUACCCUUCAACUGAUUGUACUUUUU